CUUAAAACAGGAACCAGCACAAUGAUCAACAAAACUUUUCUUAUUUGUGAAUUAUUCAUUUUAAUAACUGCCACGUGUGCAUGUUCUAAGACAUAUUGUUCAUCUGGAAUUGUACGAGACUCAACCUUCGUUGAGUUGGGAUACUUUGGUGGGAAAGAUAAAUGUGGCAACUACUAUCAGAAGCUCUAUUACUAUCCCAGAUACUUGAUAACAACAUGGAUGGAAGCUAGAUCCUUCUGCAAAUCCUACGACAUGGCACUAGCAACAUUCAGAACUCUAGAAGAAGCAACAUCAGUUAUUAACAUGGUUGAGAAAAACAUCGACUUAGGAACCCGAGACAACCUUUGGGUAUUUAUUGAUGGAACUACUUUAACUCCUAGAUCUCCAACAGACUGGUAUUGGACAGACACUGGCGAUAAAAUUGACUUUUUAAUGCCAUGGUUACCAACACAACCUGAUACAAAUAGUUACAGGGAAUUCUUUUUGAGCAUUGGAAGACACAAGAAGACUCAACGUGUUGGAUUUAAUGAUAUUCCUGGAACCAAUUUUUAUAAUACAUUUUUAUGUCAAAAGUAUGUUUGAGUGUUGAAGUUUUACAAUGAAUAGUGGGAUU